AAUACUUGUUUGAAAAUUUUCAUUGCUGAUCACCAAAGUGAAGAAAAAUUCGGUAUUAAGAAAAGUGCAUCGUAAACGGGAUCUUUCUGUCCGAAACCUAAUAUGCAACCGACGGUAUUAGCGAAAAAUGGCUCACGGAUCUCGAGAGGACAGUUUGUCAGCUUCUUAUCAGCAGAAAAAGCUGCGCUUCCGUGGUGAUUUGGCACAGCAGUACGGAUUUUCUGGAAUGGAAGGAAUAGCCACGACUGCUGGGGGUGCAACCAAUUCUUCUUCCACUGGAUCAGCCAACCGGGUGGAGGAUAUAUUUUCUGAUGAGGAUUUUCGCCGUAGCAGCCUAGGAAGUUCGCGAAAUGGAGAAAUUAGCGGUUUCGUGGCCGGUGACGCAAAAGACCGCCGCAGCAAAAGCAGCUUGUAUGAUUUUAUUCGAAUCGAACUAACUCGGGGAUACGUAUUGGAGCAUGACGAAGAGCGUUAUUCGGCACGGCGAGAGAAAAUUUAUUCGUUCAUGAAAAUUCCACGAGAAUUGGAGAGCUUCAUGGCCUAUGGAGUACUACAGUGUGCAGAUUCAUUUCUCUACAUCUAUACCUUUCUUCCAAUACGGUUCUUGCUAGCACUGUGGGCGUUGAUAACCCGUCCUGUGGCACGAUGUUUGGGAUUGCGUCGUCCUGGUCAACGGUUGUUGGCUCCUGCAGAGAUAUGUGAUUUGUUGAAGGCUACCAUCUGGAUUAUUUGCAGUUGGGCGAUGUUUUACGUUGAUACGAAUAUGCUGUACCAUCUAAUAAAAAGUCAGUCGAUCAUAAAACUGUACAUAUUCUACAACAUGCUGGAGGUUGGAGAUCGAUUGCUUUCAGCGUUUGGGCAGGAUACGAUCGAUGCACUGUUUUGGACUGCUACCGAACCAAAGGACAGCAAGAAGCAACACCUUGGAACGAUCCCGCACUUUUUGUUUGCGAUUAUUUAUGUGACGAUCCACAGUGCCUUGGUGAUGUUCCAAGCUACAUCGCUAAAUGUGGCAAUUAAUUCAAAUAACAAGGGACUUUUGACUAUAAUGAUGUCCAACAACUUCGUCGAACUGAAAGGCAGUGUGUUCAAAAAAUUUGACAAGAACAAUCUGUUCCAGUUGAGCUGCAGUGAUGUCAGAGAGCGGUUUCAUCUUACGAUCCUGAUGCUUAUUGUGUUGAUACAGACCAUGAAAGAGUUUAGUUGGAAAUCAGAACAGUUUUUCGUAAUGAUACCGGAUUGUAUGUACGUGAUGCUGACUGAGCUGCUAGUCGAUUGGAUCAAACAUGCUUUUAUUACGAGGUUUAACGAAAUUCCAGUUGACGUUUAUCGGGAAUAUACUACUAGUUUAGCAUAUGACAUGACACAAACCCGCCAGAAGCAUGCGUUUUCUGACCAUUCUGAUCUCGUGGCUAGACGAAUGGGCUUCAUCCCAUUUCCUUUGGGUGUAGUGCUAGUGAAAGCUCUUUAUCAUGCUGUUUCGUUCGAAAACGCCGCUUCUAUUGUGCUAUUCAUAAUUGCUUACAUCGUGCUGUUAUCUUGUCGAGUUUUGAAUACUGUUUGCACUCUAGGUAAAGCUUGUGAUCUCAUGAAGAAGCAUCAGGACGAAAAGAAUCAAUACAACCAACAGAGCGGCGGCCUAGCAACCUCCACACCCAUACAACAUUCUCGUAAUGUUUCCAAGCUUACCACCGAUAUUGCAACAUCGCCAAUUCAUCACCCAAACAACUCACUUCAUCGUUCACAAACCGUGGAUUCCGUACCUCAUACCAUCCCUACGGUUAAAGUCUCCGAUCAGAUGAAGGAUAGCAUUAUACGCGAAACAUCGACAUUGGGAGCAACUGCAUUGUUCUCCAACAGUGAUGUCGACUUGGACGACGUCAAACUCAACGAUAAAGUUCUCAAUAAAACCGUCGAUGGGGAAGAUCAGGGCCGCAAAGAGGAAGAAAUGGCACGGAGUGUUCCGGAUUUACAGCAAGAGUCGUCAACAGGAGUUGUUGAUUCGUCCCUCGUCGAAGGAGAUAGUUUCUCGUCAUACCAGGGAAUGCACCAUCGAACGCACAAGCGGUCGGAAUCGGAACCGUCGAUACAACUAGACUCCGAACGGACGGGAAAUUGAUUUGGUUCGAGGAUCAGUUUUGUACAGAGGAAGUGAUAGAGCCGUACCAAAUGAUGGAACAAUUGGAUGAAAAUACUAAAGUACAGAGUGAUUUCGCACAGUUUUCUAUGACAUGAUACCCACUUAAAUAAAUUCGUGCUGUUUUGGUUCUGUACUGACGGAAGCAGUUGUUAUACUUGUGAUUAGGCUAAAGUUUCGAAUUUGUUUUUGCUACCUUGUAUUUGUACAUAAUAAAUUAUGAAUAUUCAAA